UGUCGAGUGUCGUUUAGUUCCAUACUGGUUUUAACACAGAAUUCACGUCAGUUUUAACAUGACCGAAAUAAAUAAAGAUUUACAAAAUGAAAGGAAAAAAUGUACUUUUAAUAUAGAAGAGUUGACGGAGUUCGUAUAUGGGGGGCCCGAAAAAACUCAGGAAAGGAGAGAAAGAGAAAAUUUUUUGCUCAGUAAAAAGGAACUGUUUGAAGGAGUCCCAGAAGAAUAUCUCAGUCAUAAAGAUAAAUACGAACAGUGUAUUAGGAAGUCCGUAAUAAUUUUUCAACUUUUCCGACAAAUGCAAAACGAAGGCAAAAUGACGGUUUCAAAUUACAGGGAUGUGGUAACUCAAAUUCUAGGCUCAACAUUAGUACGCGACGGAUCUCCAUUAGGUCUACACUAUAUAAUGUUUAUGCCAACCAUCAUAACUCAGGCUAAUGAUGAGCAACAGGCUAAAUGGCUACCGAGAUCCUGGAACUGCAACAUCAUUGGUAGUUACGCUCAAACUGAACUGGGUCAUGGUACAUUUGUUCGGGGUCUGGAAACAACAGCAACUUACGAUCCUUCCACUAAGGAGUUUGAUCUACACAGCCCUUCACUCACCUCCUAUAAGUGGUGGCCAGGGGGAUUGGGUCAUACGGCAAACUAUUGUAUACUGAUAGCUCAACUUUACACGAAGGGAAAAUGCCAUGGAAUACAUCCGUUUAUUGUCCAAUUAAGAGACGAAGAAACACAUGUUCCUUUACCGGGAAUUAAAAUUGGUGAUAUCGGAGCGAAAUUAGGACUCAAUGAAGUUAACAAUGGGUUUUUAGGAUUUGAUCAUGUCAGAAUACCUAGAGACCAAAUGUUAAUGAAACAUGCACAGGUUUUAGAGGAUGGCACUUACAUUAAGUCACUUAAUAGUAAAUUAAAUUAUGGGCCGAUGGUUUUUACAAGGGUAGUGAUUGUUUUUGACGUUGCCAAUUAUUUAUGUAAAGCGGCAACAAUUGCUACAAGAUAUUCAGCUGUACGCAGACAGUCACAGAAAAAACCUGGUGAACAAGAGUGUCAAAUUCUUGAUUAUUUGACUCAACAGCAUAAAAUAUUUCCUGCGAUAGCUACUUGCCAUGCUCUUCGUAUCGCGGGAAAAAAAUUGUGGGAUACAUUCAAUACUAUAAAUGAACAACUUAUCGGUGGAAACCUGGAAAGGCUGCCUGAGCUUCAUGCUUUGGCAUGCUGUUUAAAAGCGGUGAGUACAUCAGAUGCUGCUCAGUGCGUGGAGCGCUGCAGACUGGCGUGCGGCGGCCACGGGUACAUGCUGUCCUCCAACUUGCCGCUCACAUACGGUCUGGUCACGGCCGCCUGCACUUACGAAGGAGAGAAUACCGUCAUGUUGCUGCAGACUGCCAGAUUUCUGGCCAAAACAUGGCAACAAGUUGACAGUAUAAAAUUAACACCUACUGUGGAAUAUUUAAAAUAUUCCGCAAAUGAAGGUUGCAGGAAGUGGGAAAAUUCUGUUGAACAAAUCAUAGAAGCAUUUAAAAUUAUUUCAAUGAAAAAAAUUCAAUCUUGCGUAAAGGAUAUGGAAAAUCGGGUUUCAUCUGGAACAUCAUUUGAGGAUGCUUGGAAUAUGAGUUCAGUACAAUUGGUUUCAGCAGCAGAGGCGCAUUGUAGAGUUAUAAUUCUGUCAACAUUCAACGAGGAAAUAAAAGAGAAAAGUAAAAAUGCGUCACCAGAAUUAGCCGUCGUACUUAACCAGCUAUUAGAAUUAUACACAGUCUAUUGGGCACUUGAGAAAUCUGGUGAUUUAAUGCAGUAUACAUGUAUAAGUAAGGAGGACUUGGAGGGAUUGCGUUGGUGGUACGAAGAUAUUCUUAUACAGCUUCGACCUAACGCCGUUGGUGUAGUUGACGCUUUUGAUAUUAGAGACGAUUUUCUGCAUUCCACACUGGGAGCUUAUGAUGGUCGUGUCUACGAAAGGUUGAUGGAAGAAGCACUCAAAUGUCCUCUAAAUGCUGAUGUCGUAAAUGUCUCUUUUCACAAAUAUCUGAAACCAUUCUUGCGAGGGAAACUGUGAUGUUUCGAAUGCAGUAGCUGGACAAAAAUAGUCGAAAAAUUUACUUUAAUUUUUUACUUAAUUGUACAGAUUUUUUUAAAAUAAUAUUAUAUGAACUUCAAAAUUGAUGGCUUAAGAACUUUUAAAUAACAAUAUUUCUUUCAUGAUA